CGUUUUUCCCCUCGUGUCGCAGUCUUCGGACCUGGGUAGCUCCUUGCCUUUUGCAGAUUCUAUAUUUUGACUUCCUACCGACCCCUUUUGUUUUUACGUUCUUUAGAGAACCAUUGGGAUGUUGGCGACCGUUGGGCGUUAAGAAACACCCCCCUCCUCCGCGCAGCCCCUGCCUACGACUGCUGAACCCCCUCUCUCCUCCUCGACCAAAACGAUCCUGCUUUCAGUCGCUUUAUUAACGCAGCGAUAUUUACAAAAGAAUAGGGAGAGACAGUUUUACAGAGCUCUUCCAUACCCGCCAAAUUCGCUCGUUUUCCAAUUCGUCAAUCCGAGAGAUCUCUCCUUAAACAGUAUCCGUGCAACAUGCCGUCUAUCCCACCACCUCCUUUAAGGCUAUCUCACCGCCACAGUCGGACUCUGUCAUCCAACCUCGAUAUUGACCCAAUGUCGCCCGGAGCUUACGCCUCAAACAGCUUUUCCCAUAGUCCUCCCAGAUCCCCCCAUACGCCUCAUUCAUCCGCCCCCCAGUCUCCCGUUACUUCCCGACAACACCUUGCGCAGAGUGUGAAUGGGUCAAAUCGGAUGUCAGUCGACUUCAGUGCUUCUGCAGAUGCCGGGGGUGGCUUGGGAAACCUUGCGGAUGAGCUGGCGGAUGCUUGGGAAGACGAAGACGGAGGCUACGGAUAUGCAUCCGGGCUGGAAACUGGCACGGUAGAAUCACAACAGAUGAACCGCAGCGACGAAGAGGAUGGAUAUCAUAACAUCAGGGAGAGGAGGACAUCUUCGCUUGAAUUUUCCCCUGAGCGUGAUUCAUUGCAACCUCCCCGCCCAAAGGUGCGGAAUGGCACAACCCGACACCGGAGACAGGAGUCGCAAUAUGAUGGCUCCGACUAUGGAAAUGAUUCCGAUUUCGAGGAAGCUGCGGACAUCUCCCCUGGACUAGAGAAUCAGAUGGCAGAGAUCGAGAGCCUCGCCCGACGUGGCUUGGAGAACAAUGGGAGCGAAAGUGAUCAUGUAGUUGAACGUGCGGUGGCAGCACUUCAGGAUCUUGGGGGUCAGAGUGGUAUUGAAAAUAAUGCAAUGAGACUCAUCACCGCUCAUUCCUCGAUAACGUCUCAUUUGACCCACCAGACACGCACGCUCCAGAAUCUCACGCACCCCCUCCUUUUUGCUCCUUUCCCGAUCCUCUCCCCAGACGCCAUCGACGCCAUUAUUCCUCUAAUCGACGAAGGUCUUUUGCCCAACCUUCCUUAUCCUUUCCCAGACCAGCCCCGUCACUCAUCACGACCAAGCACUCCCUCGCAGUCAUCCACCUCCAAUCCACUCGUCUCUCUUCAAGCUCUCAUAUCGCAAACAUCCGACAUUACUCUGUCCUUACGCGGCCUCAGUGAUACACUCUACGAAUCGCGCCAGCUGACAUCAACCGCCUCGCGAAGAUUACGCUCAGCGCGAGAACUAGUCGCAGACCUCCGACGGGAAGAAGAAGGUCGCGAAGAAGGAACGCGGUGGAUCGAAAAGGGCGACUGGGACCGCCGGUUGAAGGACCGAGAAGCCCGCCGUGUUUGCGGCGACGUCGUCAGUGGGUUUGAGGCCGUCUGCGGGGAAUGGAGGGAAAAGCUUUUCGGCGCCGCUGGAGCAGAAGUCGCUGCUGCUUCUUGAUCUCUUCUCCUCCUUCCUUACCUUACUUUGUCUUUUUCCCUCUUUAAUGAAAUACCCCUUUCCCGCCGUACAUAUAUAGAUUCUCAAUUCACUCUUGGUCUGCUCUACCAUCAGGCCACCACAACCAUGUGAUAUCCCUCAUACCACAGCUCACCACCUUCUUUCAAGCCAUAUUUUCUUGCUUCUAUAUCCCACUAGAUUCGCU